CUUACAAGACCGUUUCUUCUGUCAGCUAAUUCACUAAGUCAGGCCAUGUCAUUCGGAGAAGACCAUUACAACGGGAACAUGCUUCCCGGGUCAGACUUCGUCCCGCCAGGGUCAUGGGAUUGCCACAUGCACUGCUUCGACCCUGUACGGUUUGCAUUAAGCCCCGACCGAGCCUAUACACCGAAUCCUGCCUCUCUGUCAUCUUACGAGGCCUGGUCGCCAUUUGACAACGUCAUCAUCGUCCAGGCCACCAUCGAGGCUGCUUCGGACGGCGUCCUUGCACACGUUGCCGAAGGUUCUCGACGCUAUCCCGGCAGGAGAUUCUAUGGUACAGUCAUUUCUGACAAUACAAGUCCCGAGCCCAUCAUCAAUGCAACACCGAGGAAGGUGGACCAGCUUCAUGAAGCUGGAGUACGGUGUCUGCGGAUCCACUGUGGCUUCGGCGGCUCGAAAGGCUUCGACCAACACGUGGUCCACGAUUUGAGUCGGCUCGCGGAGUCCAGGGGUAUCGUACAUUACGGCUGGGCCAUUUGCUUGCGGAUGCCACUGCGCUUUUGGGCUUCUUUACUCGACCAAGUCGGUCAAGAUGAAUCCUUGAGAAAGGCGAAGCUUGUCGCAGACCAUGUCGGAUGUGCGAGUCCCAGCGACUUGUCAACGGCAGAAUUCGAGGCGUUCCUGGAUUUGAUCCGCCACCACAACGUCUACGUCAAGAUAUCUGCGCUUCACCGUCGCAGUCCGGGCAAAUUGAAAGACAUGAAGGUUGUCGUUCAACAAUUGGCAAACGCCGCCCCAGAUCGCAUGCUUUGGGGAAGCGACUGGCCUCAUGUAAACACUGGAGGAAAGGGUCUCGAGCCGACUCCUCCAUUAAGCGAUGCCGAUGCGAUGGAAGAGCUGAGACUGAUAAAGUCAUGGUUAACCUCCGAGCAAUGGAAAAAGAUGCUGGUGGAGAAUCCAUGCCGUGUGUUCCGCGGCGAAGAAGCAGAAAAGGCUACCAACUGAGUCGGAAGGGGCGACAAGGAUGUUCCUUCAUUUAGAG